AUGCUUCCCCGAUCUCCCACUGUCGAUGCCUUCAACCAGCAAGCACUCAGGCACUUUGGAAACCAGCCAGUCAGCAGCGAUAUGAUCGCGUAUCUCGCGAGGAUCGUGGACCGUGUAGUAAGCCACGGUUCACCACCUCCGCUCACGAGCCCGUGCGCCUCUCUUCAGCAGAAGGAUUCGACGCCCUUUCCUUCUGAACUACUUCAGUAUGGAGCUUGCUGGUAUGAGCCUGAGAAGUCUAGGCUACCGGCACUGGAGGAGUUCAUCGCGAAUCUAGUAGUCUCAUCGGAGGUCAGAGCCUUACCGCUCAUGUCGACUCUCGUCUAUCUCAACCGCCUCAAGUCAAAGCUGAAUACGACAGCCCAUGGCGUCUCUUCUACACCACAUCGCAUAUUCCUAGCGUCACUCGUCGUGGCCGUCAAAUUUCUCGAUGAUAGUCCACCCAAAAACAAACACUGGGUGUUUCACUCUAGCGUCCAGACUGCUACCUCGGCUCUUCAGUUCACCCAAGGCGAUGUGAAUAAGAUGGAAGCGCAGCUCAUAUGUCACCUAGAUUGGGAUCUGACAAUGAGCGAGCAGGACUUGUGCGCCGCACUGGCGCCAUUCUUAGAGCCGCUACCGCUGAAUAUUGGCAAGGGGCGCGCAAGAAAGAAAGCAUGGCGAGAAGAUGAGGCAAAACUGAUUCAAGACCUAGAAAGGUCCAUUCCGAAGUGGACUGCAGGUAGCUACGGCCAGGGCGCUUCCAGUCAGGACGAUCGAUCCUUGCGUGAGUACAAACGAGUCUUAGUGGCAGCGCUUGGCCAACUCACUGCCUUGGUGAAUUGGAAAGCACCGAGAACAAUACCGCCGAGCAGCAGAAACGACACGUUGCAUGAAUCUGGGAGUCAAACCGAUGAAAUACGGCACAAAGAAGACGUGCCUCGCUGA